AUGAUGGACCUACCAAGGAAAGACGUGAAGCGCCACCUGCCUCCUGGCUUUGCGUCCCCCGUGGCCUGCGACGCUGGGCGUCCUCUGAGUGCCUGCCUGCUGCCGCUCGACGUCUUUGGCCGGGCGUCUGUGGUGGCCCGUUGCCUGCUUCUGCACUGGCUGCCGUCUGCUCGCAGGCAGCGUGAAGGGCUCCUUGCAGAGUCUGAUGGCAGUCCUCCAUCGGACGUGUCUUUGAGGUGCCCGAGCCCCUCUGCUGGGUUCCCACCAGUGGGGGCCCGUCAACCGCAGCCUGCGCUGGGGAAGGUCCGCUGCUUCGGCUUCGACGUGGACUGCACCCUGGCGGCCUACAAGUCCCCGGCCUACGAGGCACUGGCCUUGGAGUUGCUGCUGGAGCACCCGGUCUGCAUCGGGUACCCACGCGAGACCCUGCGCCAUGCCUACGACCCCUGCUUCCCCACCAGGGGGCUGGUGUUCUAUGCGCUCUAUGGGGACCUGCUGAAGGGGGGGGCUGCCCACGGCUUCGCCUUCCUCCUCAGAGUAAGGGCAAGGGGUGGGGGCGGUGCAGAGGUGUGAGGGACACCCCUCCUCCCCAGGGCAGAGAGCUGGAGCUUCCACCCCAGCAAGUAGCAGAGGGAUGACCUUCAGCGCUCCCACAUCCUCCCACAUCCGCAAACCUUCCUCUGCGCCUGCCUGGUGGACUACUUCUCUGGCUGCUCCCGCUACACCAACUGUGACACCGGCUAUCAGCAUGGGAACCUCUUCAUCAUGUCCUUCCGAAGCCUCUUCCAGGAUGUGACUGAAGCCAUGAACAAUGUCCACCAGGCGGGCUGCCUCAAGGAGGGGACCCUGGGGAGCCUGGAGAAGUGCGUGGAGGAGGACAUGAGUGAGCGCAGGGCCAGGCCCUGGAGGCCCUACUUUGACUUGAUCGUGGUGGAUACUCAGCAGCCCUGCUUCUUUGCAGAGGGGACAGUCCUGAGACAGGUCAACACGGCAAUGGCAGGUGCUAAGGACUCCGGGAAGCCCCGCGUGGGCACCUACACGGGGCACCAAUUCUGCGCCAGCUACUCUGGAGGCUCAUCUGACAGGGUGUGCAAGCUGCUCACGGCGCGGGAGGACAUCCUGUAUAUCGGGGACCACAUCUUUCGGGACAUCAUCAAAUCCAAGAAGCAGCAGGGCUGGUGGACUUGCCUGGUGGUUCCUGAGCUGUCCUGGGAGAAGGGUGAGCCCUGGGGCCAGUUCCAGCAGGGGGUGCUGCAGCUGGAGAGGCUGGACGUGCACCUGGCUGACCCGUACCUGCAUGUGGAUGGGAGCAUCUGUGGGCUGUGAAACAUCAACUGCUCCAAGGAGAUUCAAAUGCCACAUGAGUCCAUCUUGGAGCCAGAACAGGCCAGUCUGGAUCCAGCCUCCUGCUUGCUCUCCUGUGGGCAGAGGCUUUCCUGGGGUCCCUUUUUGGCGGGGCGUUGCCCGGCCCCGCGUGUCCUUUCCGCCCGCGUGUUCCGGGCGCCCCCUGCUGGCCAGCGGCGCGGCGAGGUCGGCGAGGGCUCCGAGCGCCGCGCCUCGCCCGCCCCGCGCCCCGCGCAUGCGCCCGCGCACCUGGCGGGGGUCCCCGGGAGCUCAGAGGAAAGCUUCCAGGGCCGCGUCCCUCCUUUCGUCCAGGGCGGAGGGUCUUCUGCUCGAGCUGUUUUCAGGUGA